AUGGAAGGACUAGGCAUUGCGGCAAGCAUCAUCGGUGUUAUUCAACUUACCGGAAAGGUCUCUUCUCUGGGUUACGGUUACAUUAGCAAAGUUGGUCAAGCGCAGCAAGAAAUCGAAAGUUUCCUCAAAGAGCUUGCUUCUCUUGAGAAGUUCCUUGAACUUAUUGACAGUUAUGUCAAAGCAGGCACAGCAACGUCUGAUGCACUACAGGCAUUAGACGAACCACUUCGCACAUGUAUGCGAGAGCUGAAGAACUUAGAGUUAAAACUGAAGCCUAAAAAAAAGCCAUCGUGGUUCAGAAAGAAAAUGGGGUUAACCUCACUCAUGUGGCCUUUGAAAGAGAAAGAGGUCACUGAAAUAAUAAUAAGGAUAGAGAGGAACAAAACCUCUUUUCUUUUGGCGCUGAGUUUAGACAAUAUUUCGCAGCUUCGGGCAAACUUAAUAGCCCAGGGCUCUUCGAGACAGGCCGACGAUUCUGCUCGUGCAGAACAAACCCGCAAAAACGCUCUUAAUUGGCUGUACCCCGGAGACUUCGACGAAACACAUACCCAGAUCGGAAGCGUGAGACAAAAAGACACCGGCGGUUGGCUCUUAAGACAUGAAAGUUUUCAAAAACUAGUCAGAGGGGAACAGGGUUCUAGACUUAUUUGGGGUUAUGGCAUUCCUGGAGCUGGCAAAACAUUCUUGAGCUACGCCGUGUUGACCAAAUGCGCUAAUGGGAUGUUCUUGGCAGUGCGCAAAGACGGGAUAGAGGAGCUACCAUCUGGUUGGCCAUUCUCAAGCUCCUACAGUAAAUCUUGGAACCCUCUAGAAGGUGCGUCUCGAAUUGGCCACGCUCUACUAGUUCAGAGACUAGUAAGGGAGGGGUAUAAUUCUCCAAUCGCGGUGAGGUUGGCAGCAUCCGAAGGACACGGGGACGUUGUUAUGCUUCUGAUCAAUAAUGGAGUAAACGCCUCUGAUAUUUCGGAUCACAAAGGCAAUCUGCCGCAGCACUUGGCAGCAAAGAUAGGGCUAGCAGAGGCAGUGAAUAUGCUACUUGAUCGGGGUGCGGACAUUGAGGCUAAAAAUAUAAAGGGGAAUACAGCACUCCAUCACGCGGCAUCAGGUGGGCAUGAAGCGGUCAUCAGACUGCUGCUUGAUCGGGGUGCAGACAUCGAGACCAAGCAUCAGUAUGGUUUGGCGGCACUCCAUUACGCGGCAUUGGGUGGGCAUGAGGCGGCCGUCGGACUGCUGCUUGAUCGGGGUGCGGACAUCGAGGCGAAGGAUCAGUAUGGGUGGGCGUCGCUCUAUUACGCGGCAUCACGCGGGCAUGAAGCAGCCGUCAGACUGCUGAUUGAUCGGGGUGCGGACAUUGAUGCCAAGGAUGAGAAUGAGUGGACAGCACUCCAUGAAGCGGCAUCACGCGGGCAUGAAGCGGUCGUCGCAGAGCUGCUUGAUCGGGGUGUAAAAAUUGAGGCCAGGGACGAUAAUGGGUGGACAGCACUCCAUUAUGCGGCAGCACGCGGGCGUGAAGCAGUCAUCGCAGUGCUGCUUGAUCGGGGCGUGGACAUGGAGGCCAAGGAUGAGAAUGGAUGGGCAGCACUCCAUAAUGCGGCAUCACACGGGCAUGAAGCGAUCGUCGGGCUGCUGCUUGAUCGGGGUGCGGACAUCGAGGCCAAGAGUAAGCGUAAGGGGACAGCACUUCAUAAUUCGGCCUUAAGCGGGCGUGAAUCGGUCGUCAGACUACUGCUUGCUCGGGGUGCGGACAUCGAGGCCAAGGAUGGGAAUGGGUGGACAGCGCUUCAUAAAGGGGCAUCAAUGGGGCGUGAAGCUCUCGUUAGACUGCUACUUGAUCGGGGUGCGGACAUCGAGGCCAAGAGUAGGUCUAAUGGGACAGCACUCAAUAAGGCGGCAUCACACGGGAAUAUGGCUGUCGUCGGACUGCUGCUCGACCGGGGUGCGGACAUGGAGGCCAGGGAUGAGAAUGGGUGGACAGCACUCCACAACGCGGCAUCACACGGGCAUAAAGGGGCCGUCGGACUGCUGCUUGAUCGGGGUGCGGACAUCGAGGCCAAGGAUAGAAAUGGGCUGACAGCACUCCAUGCCGCGAAAGCGAAACGCAAGGAUAAGAUAAUUGACCGACUUCUUAAGGGUAGUACCGGUAGUACCAAUAAACCUUUGCCGUAA